ACAAAUCAGCCCAUCCCCUUCAAUUUCCCAAGUGGUCCUCCUUCUCCAUUAAUACAAUUGAUACCUCCCAUUCUUAUCCUGCACUCUCAUAUUUUCUCUCUACUACCUUUCUAUUCCUGUGCACCAACUAUUUUCCUUCUCCCUAAUUGGAAAAAAGUUGUAUUAAACUGAAAAAUAAAAACGCAGCAAAUAAAAAAGAAAUAUGUCAGUUUCAGAUUUACCUUCAGAAGUGUGGAGCAAAGAAGAAGAAAAAGCUUUUGAAAAUGCAAUUGCAAUGCACUGGGUUGAGGAUUCUGAACAACAAUGGGAGAAAUUUGCUGCAGUGGUCCCCACAAAAACCAUUGACGAAAUCAAACGACAUUAUCAGCUCCUUGUUGAUGAUGUUGCAGCCAUUGAUGCUGGUCACGUUCCACUUCCCAAUUACAUAGGAGAAGAAUCUUCUUCCUCUUCAAAUAAGGAAACCAAUUUAGGUUAUUCUGGGUCAGUGGACCGACGCUCCAAUUGUGGUUAUGUAAAUGGAUUUUCGGGUCCAACACAUGACCCGAUUGGCCAUUCUGGUAAAGGAAAUUCUAAGGCUGAACAAGAAAGACGAAAGGGUAUUCCUUGGACUGAAGAAGAACAUAGGUUAUUUUUGCUAGGUUUAGACAAAUUUGGGAAAGGAGAUUGGAGAAGUAUCUCAAGGAAUUUUGUGAUAUCAAGAACACCAACACAAGUGGCUAGUCAUGCCCAAAAGUACUUUAUUCGUUUAAAUUCAAUGAAUAGAGAUAGAAGAAGGUCAAGUAUUCAUGAUAUUACAAGUAUUAACGGUGGAGAUGUAUCAAUUCAUCAGGCUCCUAUUACGGGCCAACAGCCCAAUCCAAAUCCAUCAAAUCCAGCUGCACUUGGGCCCAAUAUCAAGCAUAGAAACCAGCCCAAUAUGCAUGGUUUCAGCAUGUACGGUGCUCCGAUGGGACAUCCCGUCGCUGCUCCGCCCAGUCACAUGGCGUCCGCCGUCGGAACUCCAGUUAUGCUUCCUCAUGGACACCAUCCUCCUUAUGUUCUUCCAGUUGCAUAUCCCAUACCGCCGCCGCACCCGCCACCUAUGCACCAGUAAAUUGUGCAUAUUACUCGAUUUUUUUUUUUCUAAUUCUAUAGACUAUAGAGUCAUAACAUAAAUGUUUUUUUAGCUGCUGGUGAAACUGAAUUUUUGAAAGGCUCCUGCCUUGUUUUAAGUAUCUUUUAGUUGUUCCAAUUGUUCUUUUUUAUGCAAUUGAGAAAUUUGUAAAUACUAGAGUUUAGUUUCUA